AAUGGCUGCGCCCAUGGAGAGCACGGCUGCGGGAAUGCAUGAACCCCAAGACGAAACAAAUGUAUCAAAACUCGAAAUGAAAGAUGUGCAGAACUUUAAUUUUAUUCUUGACAAUGUGAUUGGUGAGAAAAAACACAGAUCUCGCGUUAUGAUGCCACUCGGGACAUUUCCUCAGAUGGCGAAGUCAAAGGAAGAAAUAAUAAUUUCAAGAGCCUUCGAGAGCUGUACUUUCAAAUCAGUUGCAAGUUGUGUUAUUGGUUUUGGGGUGGGAGCAGCGUUUGGGUUGUUCACAGCAGGUGUGGACCCGAUGUCGACAAUCAGCACAGAGACCCCAACAACUCGGAUGGUGCUGAAGGAAAUGAAGCUCCGAUCCAUCUCUUACGGGAAAAACUUUGCUGUGGUGGGCUGCAUGUUUGCUGGCACUGAGUGUUUACUGGAAUCUUACAGAGGCAAGAGCGAGUUGUCAAAUGGAACACUGUCUGGGGGCAUCGUGGGUGGCGUUCUUGGUUUGAGAGCUGGACUGAAGGCUGGCCUGUUGGGGGCAGCUGGAUUUGCCCUGUUCUCUACAGCUAUAGACUACUACUUCAGACACUGACACCCAUCAGCUGAUGACAGUGAGUGACAGUGAGUGACAGCUACUAGACAGGGGAAUUGACAGCUAAUUGACACUAUCAGUGUAUGUGAAACUGUUUCCAGCUGCGGUUCACCACAUCAUUCAUGCUUUGGACACCUUGGUACAGAGCUGAAAACACAUCACAAGGAAUGUUUCUUUUAAAAAUGAGAAAUUGGUCCAGGAUAUCAUGUUUGUGAUUUUUCAGUAGGUUUACCUAGGUAAGAACAGUUCAGAAGCCCUGCUUGUAUCCUGAAUAUAGUCAUCUUCCUGGGUCAAGAGAGUCCACUAGCCUCCAUCAGAGUCUAGGUUUCACCCUUGCCAUUUCAAGCCUUCUUUUCUGUGCUAAAACAGACAUGCUCGGGGUUGGACUAUCCUCUAUUAUUGUAAGUGUGGCAUCAAUAAGUAUCUUUACUGUAGUAAUUUGUCAUUUUGUUUGCCAGGGAUGAAAUCUGAAAUCUCUUUGUUAUCUCAAGUCUUUGAAAGGCAUUUAAAAGUGAUACACAUAAGGAAGAGAAUAUUUGGACGUCAACUUCUAUAUUAUGAGGUACACAACGUUUCGGAGUAUAUGCUUACUCCUUCAUCAGGUGAAUGGA